AUGUGGUCAAUUGUUCAGUAUAAAAAGAUAGGAAGAGAUGUCAAACUUGAAUGGCAACAACGACCGUCCCAGCGACAACUACGUAGAGUUGAUUUGCGAGGAUCUCACCAAACCGAUACGACACUCCGCGAUGACGAUCCGGAACGGCAUGCCUCUACUGCACUCGAAGCGAAGGACCACGAAAGCUCGGACAGUCAAUUGAACCACGGAGAGAUAGUUGUUGAGUUCGAUGGCCCCGAGGAUCCCAUCCACCCACAAAACUGGCCGCUCCUCAAGCGGGCAAGGACGAUGGCCAUUCUGUGUUUGUUGGUCUUCACUCAAGCAUGGGCUGGCGCAUGUAGUUCCCUAGACAACUCCAAAGCCAGUAAACGAUACCACGUCAGCCCCGUUGCAGAGGACCUCUCCGUUGCAAUAUAUCUAUUCGGUAUCGGAUCUGGGUGUCUCUUCGUUGGGCCUCUGUCUCAGACGCUCGGACGCAACCCCGUGUACCUGGGCUUCACGCUCGUGUACUUAUUCUUCAUCUUGGGCACGGCGCUGAGCGAGAACUUCGCGAGUCAAAUUGUGUGCAGGUAUCUGGCUGGCUUGGCGAGCAGUGCUGCACUGGGCAUCAAUGGUGCGAGUGUAGGCGAUAUGUUCAGGCCGGUUGAACGAGCUUUGUGGUUCCCUGUCAUAGCAUGGGUCAAUGUCGUUCCUCCGGUGCUGGCGCCCAUAGUGGGAGGCUGGGUCGCAUCACGAGACGAUCUGGACUGGAUCUGGACGGACUGGAUUACCUUGAUCAUAUCUGGCUUUGCGUUCCUUGUCGCUCUUUUCUUUCUCCCGGAAACCUACGCCCCAAUGCUGCUCGACUUCAAAGCCAAGCACCUCCGCCGCGUCUCGGGAUCCAACCGCUACGUCACCAAACACGAGCAAGGCUCCAGCUUCUUCAACCGGGUCAAAGAAACAUUACCUCUCACAGUUAAGUUCGCCGCGAAAGAACCCGCUGUGCUUUCGCUUGGAGGUUUCCUGAUCGUCCUAUACAUCCUGCUCUUCAGCUUCCUCUCGGGGUUCGACUACAUUUUCAAGCGGCGCUACGGCCUCAGCGUACUCGAGGAAGGCGCAUGCUUCGCUUCGAUAGCACUCGGCGCAACAGCCUUCUCGAUCACGACGCCCGCUCUCUACGCCUGCACGCGCCGCCACGCUGGCUACGACGAUCGAGCCAGCGUGAGGCCCGAGUUCCGCCUCUGGCCUGCCAUGCUCACAUCCCCGCUCCUCCCCGUUUCUCUCUUCUGGCUCGGUUGGACGGACUACUCCUGGAUCUCCAUCUACUCUGGUCUUGGCGCCUGUUUUUGCUUUGGUGUCGUGCUGAAUGCAAUGUAUGUCAGUAGCUACGAGUACAUCAUCGACAGCUACGGAGAGAAAGCAUCGAUUGCGUUGGCGGGUGUGACAAUGAUGCGGUAUGCGGUUGUGGGAGGGAUGGUGAUGGCUGCGAGGCCCAUGUAUGGCGGUAUUGGCGUGCAUUGGACAAUGACGCUGUUGGGGUGUGUUGCGCUGGUGUUGACCCCGGCGCCGUACGUCUUGUUCAAGUUUGGGAGCAAGCUGAGGAAAAAGAGCCCGUUUGCCAUUGAUGAUGACGAUGAUGAUGACGAUGAUGUGAGUAAAGGGUCUGAGGACUCCUGA